AAAAAUAUUCGACAUAUAUUAUUCAUAGGAAGAAAGUUUCUAUCAUACAUAAACUAGUAGGUGAAACCAAUUAUACCAUUUGAAGAAGAAAGAUGGCAUCCCACAAUCAGAGCUACAAAGCUGGUGAAACCAUGGGCCGAACUGAGGAAAAGUCGAACCAAAUGAUGGGCAAUGUGGGUGACAAAGCCCAAGCUGCUAAGGAAAAGGUUCAGCAAACAGCCCAAGCUGCAAAGGAGAAAACCCAGCAAGCAGCUCAAGCAACAAAGGAAAAAGCCCAAGACACAACUGGUCAAGCUAGAGAAAAAGGAUCGGAGAUUGGCCAGUCAACCAAAGAAACUGCCCAAUCAGGAAAAGACAACUCAGCAGGGUUCUUACAGCAGACAGGAGAAAAGGUUAAGGGUAUGGCCCAAAGUGCUACUGAAGCAGUUAAGAACACUUUUGGAAUGGCACAUGACGAGGAAGAUAAGGACCAUAUCACAACAACUCGUCGUUGAGAUUAUUAGUUAUUAAAUGUUGUAAUUUGUUUUUCUUGAGUUUGGUUUUUGGCUAAACUUUUGUUUUCUUUUUUGAAAUAAGCUAUGUUUCCCUCCUAUCUAGAAGUUCAUAAUCUAGACUAGAUGUUAGAGAGGGAAUGUAUUAUGUAACACUAUUUCUAGUUUCUAUUUGAACCUUGUUGUUAAGAUAA